UGUUUCUUACAACAGAAGUUACAAUUAAUUAGGCUGUUGAAGAAAGAUAAUUAAAGGAAGUUAUAGCUGCUCCUUUGUUUGCUUUUUACAAAACUGUUGUUAGUUGAACGAAACACCGCCCGUGACAGCGCUUAUGAAGUAAUGACAACUGGUGUAAGAAAUAAAGGCAAUUUUCUUUGAUUUUUUCUUAAUAGCAACAUGUCGAACAUUUAUGCACUUGAACCACACACAAAUGCAAAAGUCAUUCUUCAUACAACCUCCGGCGACAUUGAAGUAGAAUUAUGGGGAAAAGAAGCCCCUCGAGCAACACGAAAUUUUAUCCAACUCUGUUUAGAAGGUUACUACGAUAAUACCAUCUUUCACCGCGUUGUCCCUGGUUUUCUAGUUCAGGGUGGUGAUCCUACAGGCACCGGUCAUGGUGGUGAGUCUAUAUAUGACGAUGGAUUCCCUGAUGAAUUUCACUCUCGUCUACGUUUUAACCGUCGAGGUUUGGUUGGCGUUGCUAAUACCGGUCAAAACGAUAACGGAUCGCAAUUUUUCAUUACGCUGGAUCGUGCUGAUGAACUCACGAAAAGACACACAUUAUUCGGUCGAGUAGCAGGUGAUACACUUUUCAACGUCAUGAAAAUGACAGAAUUGGAACUUGAUGAGAAUGAACGACCCUUAUACCCACCUCGCAUUAGGAGUGCAGAAGUUAUUUUGAAUCCAUUCGACGAUAUCAUUCCUCGCAUCACGGCUGAAGAGAAAAAGAAACAAAGACAGUUAGAGAAAAAGAAACGACAAGAGGAAAAGGAGGCACAAGAAAAAAAGAAAAAGAAAGGGCAAAAAAAACAACUUAAUCUAUUAUCAUUCGGUGAAGAAGCCAAAGAAUUAGAGCCAGCGUCAGAGAUGAAUAAGAAGAUAAAAAGUGUCUACGAUCUCAUGCCUGACGCUCAAAAUCAAACGCCAACCGAAACAUUCAAUAAUAACGAAGAAAUGACCAUAGAGGCUGAGCCUAUCAUUCAGAAAAAUGAAAGAAGAGAAACUGAAAAUGAGAUAGACAACGAUUUAAAGACAAAAGUGAAAGAUGAUAAGAAAAAGAAGAAAAAGACAGUAGUGGAUGAUAUCAAUCGAAAAGGAGAUGGCGCCUCGGAAAGUGCAGCAGAGACAAUCGAAAAAUUGAAGCAUGAAAUUCGUAAUAUUUCAAAAGUACAUGAUGAGGAAGCCAAAAGAGAGGAACAAGAAAGGUUAGCAGCAGAUACCAAAAAGAAAGGGAAGAAAAUAUCUCUAGUAGCAUUGGAAAGAGAAAAAUAUGUUACGAACAAGUCAAAAAAGUCAAAAUGGAAAGCCAGUAAAGAAGAUGAUGAAGAUGUGUUAGGUAAAUUGACAGCUUUCAGAAAGAAAAUUUCUUCUGCGAUAACUGUGGACGACGAGGAAGAAGAGGCGAGAAAAAAGCAACAAAAAGUUUGUGAUUUGCAUGGUAUUCCCAACUGUGAAUCCUGUUUUGAUCCAAGCAAGCUAGCAGAGGAUGAUGUUACAGACGAAGGCUGGUUGUCUCAUAAACUAGUUUUUGAUAAGGAUUUGAAAGGGAAAGAUUUGAUGCAACGGAAAGAAAAUGUUGAUGAUUACGUUGUGAUUGAUCCCAGAGAUAGGGAGGCUAAGGCUAAGCAAGAAGAAUAUGAAAAAAGGAAAGGUUUUAAAACUGGCGCUUUGUUGUCGUCAUCGAUGUCAAGUAGAAAGGAAAAAGGUGACUACCACUCUGAUCAAAGGAGAAAGCGUGAUGGUCAUGCAGACCCUUAUGAACAACCAAAUACAAGACGUUACGAAAGCGACGAUAGAGAUAGCAAAAGGUCUAGAUAUGAUAGAAGAUAUAACAAUGAUUCGAGAAGAUAAUGAAAUAAAGAGAACAAACCUUAUUCGUAGUUUUAUAAAUGGUAUUGUUUAUUCAUUAUGUAAGGUAAAAGAAUGAUUGUUAUGAGUGAGAGUCAUUGGCUUAAACAAACAAUAUAGAAAUUUAAGAACAUUGAACUAGAAGGGUAUAUUAUCAGAACAUACACUGUUUGUUCAUAUAUGUGCUAUGUACUCAAAACGAGACAUAUGAAUAAAAAUGGC